AUGUAUAUAGUAGCAGCAUUGAUAGCUGAUAAGCCAGUGGUGAUAUUUAGCAAGAGCAGUUGUUGCAUGGGGGAUUCUGUGAAAGCUCUGAUAAGAAGCUUUGGUGCCAACUCUACAGUUAUUGAGAUUGACAAAAUGGUAAAUGGUGAGAAAAUAGAAAGUGCAUUGGUUCAGCUUGGUUGUCGACCAAGUGUGCCAGCUGUGUUUAUAGGACAACAAUUUGUAGGUGGUGUUAAUCAAGUCAUAAGCCUCAAUGUCCAAAAUAAGCUUGCUCAGUUGCUUUUGAAGGCUAGACCUAUUUUUAUUUGGGGUCCAAUAAGUCGAUAG